GUAGCACUUUUUAUGAUCAAGUCCUAUUUGCUGAGAUCCUCUCGCAACUUGCAUGUUCUUAGCACCCUCAAUCAUGGGCAUCGCGUGCGAGCACUCUUCGUGACCGACUUUUCUCUUUAUUCUACCCUGACGCCCACGAUACGUCUUCGCGACCACGUCCUUUCCACUGGGUCCGAUAUCAUCUCUCUGGCAGACCAACCGGUGAAUAUAUCGAGCUUCGCGAGCGUCCCUCAGCAGUAGUCGAUGUUCCAUAUGCCAAGGACAAACGUGAUCGCAUCAGCAAGAGAAAGAUGGAUGAAAAUAACUCCAUUGAAACCUGGGAACCCUGCCGCAAGCUCCUCACGUCCUCCCAACAGCAAUACCACACAACACUCUAAUGGCACAUCUGAAGCCCAGUCUUUGCAUGCACAGGCUGCUGUCUCCCCUUCCACCGCACCUCCCGCCGUCAUUAAUACGCCUUCAAGCGCUAAUCCUCAUGUAACAAUAAGACAUGCUGGAGCUGGACUCGCUUCUGGCUCUUUAUUUGUUGCACCUCUUCCGAGUAUACCCUUGAUCGUCAGUAAUGUAUCCCGUCCGUUUCCUUGUCCUUUACGAAGGAUAUCUCCCAUCUCAUCCUUCCAGUACAUAAAAUGGAGACAUGAAUUUACGGAACACUUUACAUACCAUGGUCGAUUCUAUGUUUUCGUUGUUGUCAACAAGCCUUCACUGAUCACGAAAGCGACACUUCUCAAUAAACAUGUUGACUACUGAAAUGAAUUUUUUUUGCAUUUGCGUGCUCCAGAAAUGACGAAUAGGUAGAUUGUCACAUCAAGUAGGUGUUGAAAGGCGAGUCUAUCGUAACGCGAGUCUCAGUCAAUGGUCAAACAGACUGUUGAUUCCUAUGAAUAGAAACAACGUACACA